ACUGCAUGAACAGUUUGACACUACGCGACAAUGACGAAUGGAAGAAAUACGCAUUAUUAAAUGUAAAAAAAACGUACGCAAAUGAGUGAAGUGACAAAUAGAGCAAAAAUAAAUAAUUAAAACGUGUGAAAAUAUGAUACACAUAAUUGACAGCAUAUGACUGCAAGUGCAUAUUACAAUUCAAAUUAAAAGAAUACAAAUUUUCCCCCGUGUCGCUCGCGAUGAAAAAAACAACAAAGACGUCGACGUUGUUGUCGUCUGAAGUUUGCAAAAUGAAAUACUACGUCUUUUGUUGCGCGUUCAUUUUGCUGUCGAGCGGCGUGAUUGCAUCAGCAAUACAACAAACGACAGGUGCAAAUGCCGACUCAGCAGAAGUUGUGAGCAGCGCAGAAGACAAGGCGGAUUGCACGGACCUUGCCCGCGACGAGGAAGCGUUGAUGGUGUUCUCUACGCUAGGCGGCGGAUUGACAGCAAUCGAUCCGAUUACAAGUGAAAUACGAUGGACAAUAGCCGACGAUCCACCCAUUGUUGCGGAGCCCCAACAAAAUGUUCAAGUUCCACAUUAUCUACCCGAUCCACGUGAUGGCAGCAUUUAUCAACUUGGCCAAAUGGGAAGUCUGAAGAAGCUACCCUACACAAUACCGCAGUUGGUUGCCAAUGCACCUUGUCGCUCCUCCGAUGGUAUUCUCUAUUCGGGCAAGAAGAGCGACACAUGGUACAUGGUCGAUCCAAAGACAGGCAGGCGUGAGAAAGUCAUGGGCUUUGGUGAUACCAAUAUGGAAGGCAAAGAAGGCGAUCAAAUUGGCUGGGCUACAUCGCGAGCUAUUUAUUUGGGUCGCACUCAGUAUACGGUCAUGAUGUAUGAUAGCCUGGCCAAGGAUAAGAACGCAAAGCCCUGGAAUAUAACAUUCUAUGAUUACAAUGCACUCAGUGCACCGCCAGAGUUGGCAAAGGAAUAUGAGUACAUUCACUUGACCACCACAAGCAAUGGCCAGAUUGUCACCCUGGAUCGGAAGCAGGGUAAAUUCUUGUGGCAACGCGAUCUAAAUAGUCCUGUGGUGGCAGCAUUUCUGCUAGGACCUGAUGGAUUGCUCAGCGUGCCUUUCACGACUGUUUCCGACGAGGCUUAUCAGGCCAUAGUUGAGGAGUCGAAAAUUGGCAAUGUCAACACAGUUAAACUAUUUCAAUCCCUCUACGUGGGCGAGCAUCAGCGUGGUCUUUAUGCAUUGCCGUCGUUGGUGGACAAGAAUACGCCCCGAAUUUCAACAACGCCCCCAAUUAAGUUGCUGGACGGACCCGUUGCCGAGUUGAACAAUAAUCAAGAAAACGAUCCUCGCACGGUUUACAUAAAUGACGUGCUACAAGAAAAUCCCGGCAUUAUGCUAGGUCAUUACAAUAUGCCCAAUGAUGCUAACAAGGGCAAUUUGCACCUUUCGCCAACACCGUCAGCAACCAAAGAUGUUAACAGUUUGGCAACAAUACACAACUAUAACGAUGGAUACGGUUUGCUAGCGAAUAAUGAAAAGAACGCUGCUGAUAUUGGCGUGCAAACGGAUCCAGAGAUGGUGGAGAUUACCAUUGAAUCGCGACCCAAUACGAUCAAUCGCACGAAAACCAUUAUUCUGGCCAACAGCAACAAGGUUCAAGCAUUUAUUAACGAGUGGUUUAUGGAUCAUCCGAGCGGAAAAGUUCAUCAGAUACUGAUUGUCAUAGUGAUGGGUAUGAUAGCGUUGUUCUGGUACACAUGCAGCACAAUGCGCGAAUUGCAAAAACAGAGCGAAAAUGGAUCCAAGACAAUGGCUCAGCAGGCUGCAAAUGGAAGUACAAAUGGCAGUAAUGGAAGUAAUGCGAGCAAUAUCAGCGCACAGGAUCUUGUUGAUUUGGGCCAAGGUCAUGUACGUGUGGGCAAGAUCAGCUUCAAUUCCAACGAAGUACUUGGAAAAGGCUGCGAAGGAACUUUUGUCUUUAAGGGCAACUUUGAGGAACGUUUUGUAGCAGUGAAACGUUUGCUACCUGAGUGCUUCACUUUUGCUGAUCGUGAAGUUGCGCUGCUGAGAGAAUCCGAUGCCCACGAAAAUGUGGUGCGUUACUUCUGCACCGAGCAGGAUCGUCAAUUUCGAUAUAUCGCCGUGGAGCUUUGUGCAGCCACACUGCAGGACUACACUGAGGGUGAUCGCUCACUGGAACUGCGUCAACAGAUUGAUAUUUGGGAGGUUCUUGUUCAGUCAGCGGCUGGACUUGGUCACUUACAUUCCCUUGAUAUUGUUCAUCGUGACAUCAAGCCGCAAAAUGUGCUGUUGUCGCUGCCCGAUGCCAAGGGCAAGGUACGCGUUAUGAUAUCAGACUUUGGUCUUUGUAAGAAGCUCAACUUUGGACGCACCAGUUUUUCGCGUCGUUCCGGGGUCACUGGCACCGAUGGAUGGAUAGCCCCUGAGAUGAUGCGGGCGCAACGUACGACAACCGCUGUGGACAUAUUCUCGUUGGGCUGCGUCUACUACUAUGUGCUGAGCGGUGGUCAUCAUGCCUUUGGUGACACUCUCAAGCGCCAAGCGAAUAUACUUUCCCAUGAAUAUAAUUUGUCCAAAUUACGCGCCGACGGUACUGAGGAGCAUAACAAAAUUAUACUGGCGGAGCAACUUAUAUCUGAUAUGAUACAGAAGGAUUCACAGGCGCGUCCACCUGCUCGUUGUAUCGGCAAUCAUCCGCUAUUUUGGGAUGAACCCAAAAUGCUCAGCUUUCUGCAAGACGUUAGCGAUCGUGUGGAGAAAUUGCAGUUUCAAGCAGAGCCUUUAAAGUCACUGGAGAAAAACGGACGCAUUGUUGUUCUGGACGAUUGGAACGCCCAUUUAGAUCCAUUGAUUACCGAUGAUCUGCGAAAGUAUCGCGGCUAUAUGGGUGCUAGUGUGCGGGACUUGUUGCGUGCUCUACGCAAUAAGAAGCAUCAUUAUCACGAACUCACUGCCGAGGCCCAAGAGAUGCUUGGUUGCAUACCACAUGAGUUCACCAACUAUUGGGUUGAUCGAUUCCCGCAGCUUAUUUCGCAUGCCUAUCAUGCAUUCAGUAUUUGCUCCAAUGAGCCCAUCUUCAAGCCGUACUACAACGCUGGCUAUCACUUUUCCCGUCCCUGGUAUUUUGAUGCCGAUGAUGCACUUUUCCCCUUAUUGAUGCGGGAUCCUAAACCGCUGCCCAAAGUGGGUAGCCCCAAGAAAACGCCACCAGCGUCAUCGACGUUAGCACAACAACAGUUAAAGCAGCGGAAAGGCGCCUAUAAUUUUCGAAAACCAGUAAAUGAUGAGCUGGUUGCCGGCGUCGGAUUGCAGCGUAAUCUGGAGCUGGAUACGCAGACUCUGGGAGCAGAUAAUGACAAACGCGAUGUGUUCGCUAAUUUUAAAUUUCGACGAUCCAAACCAGGUAAUCGCAAUUAUACUGCUGGUCCUAAGGAGCAGGACAAGGAGAAAUUUGUUAGCUGGACUUUGCCGUCAGCUACAUCGGAUUAAAACUAAUCUGUUAUAACACAUCACUUGUGUAGUUGUAAAUAGUUUAUUACAAUUAAUUAUUUUACUAUAAUUCUUAUAAUUUUAAAUGUGCAAUUUUUCUAUGCAACUAUUCCAAAACAAUUCCCAAUCAAUGUCGUGUUAUUAGUUAAAUGUUUAGAUAAAAGCAAGGAAAACGUACUGAUCGAAAUUCAUAUGAGGAAACUAGACCUAUUUUAUAUAAGUAUGUAUAAUCGCUAGGAAAGUGAGAAGAGAAUAAUUGCGUCAAUCGAAUGUACGCAAUUCAACUGUGAUAAUUUGAUGUAAUUCUGUUUAAUGCCCAAGUGCAAAUUUAUCUAGAAAAUAGUGCAAGAGUUUUAUACACCAUUAUUGUAUGAAUAUUUAUAUUAUUUAAGUAUCCUUAAUGAACCGGCUCCCCCAAGACGAUGAAUAUACGGUAAAAUAAUGUGUAAAUUAGCUACACUGUAGACUCUACAGUAUAGUUGUUUUUUUUAGUAAUAAUGCACUUUUUAGUAUUAAAAGUUUCGUAACACCAACCAAAA